AUGGCCAUCAAGACAGACAUGAGCAAAGCAUAUGAUAGGAUGGAGUGGUCGUUUAUUGAAGCUGUCCUGCGUAAAAUGGGAUUCUCAGAAACUUGGACUAGCUGGGUCAUGCGAUGCAUUACAUCGGUGAAAUAUAAGGUUCUCAUGAACGGAGAGCCAAGAGGGAAUAUUAUUCCAGAUAUACAAGGAAAGAUAACAAGGAUGCGUAUUACACGCACGUGUCCGUCGGUAUCCCACCUUCUCUUUGCUGAUGAUAGCAUUUUCUUCUGUAUGGCGGAGCCCCGUGAAUGUGAAGAAGUAAUGAAAGUUGUCAGGAAAUAUGGUAAAGCAUCUAGUCAAUGCAUCAACUUUGACAAAUCCUCCUUACUCUUUGGUAAGCGGAUUAAUGCAAAUACGAGACAAGAGAUUAAAGACGCACUUGGGAUACGGAAUGAAGGAGGAAUGGGAACAUACUUAGGCAUCCCCGAAGACAUAAGCGGAUCUAAAUGCAAACUUUUUGCAUUUCUGAAAGAUAAGCUGAUGCGUAGAGUGAAUGGAUGGACAGGUAGAUGGCUCUCAAAAGGUGGAAAGGAAGUACUGAUUAAAUCCAUUCUGCUCGCUCUUCCGACAUACGUCAUGUCAACUUUCCUGCUCCCAUUGGAGAUAUGUGAAAAUUUGGCAAGUGCCAUUGCUCAGUUCUGGUGGAGCUCGAAUCCACCAAAAAGGGGAAUACACUGGGCGAAAUGGGAGAAAUUUCCUGAUUCCCUGGUCGCCCGAGUCUUACGGGGAAGCAUUUCUGCUGCAAGAAAAUUGCUGCUACUGGAGAUUAGACAGAAGAUACACUCAGGUUAUGAGGUUAAGGUAUGGGAGGAUCCAUGGAUUCCAUCGAAUCCCGCCAGGCCAGCUGCCCCCAUAGCUCUUGUGAUGAACCCUAACAUGAGAGUAAGCGAUCUUAUUGAUCAGGGAUUGAAGGAUUGGGAUGUGGGACUAUUGGAGAACUAUGUUCAUCCUGAGGAUAUACCACUCAUAAGGAGUUUGGCCAUAAGCUCAAAUCACCGUCGUGAUACUUUCUGCUGGAACUGUACAAGGAGUGGCCAAUACACGGUUAAAUCUGGAUAUUGGGUGGCGCAGAAUUUAUUAAAGUUAACAGAGGAGAAGGAAGUUUUGGAACCAAUAACGAGGAACUUAGUUAGACGCAAUAUGAGGUGUGACAAUUACUGCUCAAGAUGUGGAGAAACAGAGGAGACUGUCACACAUGCAAUCUUUGAAUGCCCACCAGCCCGUCAAGUAUGGUCUUUAUCUUCAACUCCGACGUGCCCAAAUACUUUUCCGGUAUCGAGCGUCUACACAAACAUGGAUUAUCUAUUCUGGAGAAAAAAUAGUAUCAUGGAGCCAGAGCAAGACAGGGAUCCUUAUCCCUGGAUAAUAUGGUUCAUUUGGAAGGCUAGGAAUGAAAAACUCUUUAGGGGAAUAGAUAGAGAUCCUCUGGAACUAGUUAUACAUGCUGAGAGUGAAUGCCAUGCAUGGUUUGAGGCUAAUGAAGUGGUACAAACAGUGACACAAGACACUAUAAAUGAGGAACCCCAAGCCGUAUGCUUGAAAAAUAUUUGUUUAUUAGAUGGUUCUUGGACACUUUCAGCUAACUUUAGUGGAUGUGGAUGGACAUGGAUGGAUAGCUCUGGAAAUAUUCAGCUUAUGGGGACAAAAAACUUCCCUCGACGUGAAUCAGCCUUGCAUUCGGAGGUAGAAGCACUGCGGUGGGCGAUGGAGAGUAUGCUGCAGCACUCGACCUGCCAGAGCUUUGGGACAGACUGUAAGGAACUGAUUGCUAUGGUUAAGGAUCCUCAGGCGUAG